UCAAUAGUCGAAUAGUAGUCGAUCAUAGUCGACUGUGAAUUUGGAUACGUUUAAACAACGUAUAAUGAUAUAAACGCAUCGCCAUAAAGAAGGCAAGCAGUGUAUUUUUUUUUUGGAAAUAUCUUCAAUUAUUAAAGUUUACGAAGAUUUAUUAAAAGAUUUCUAAAAGAUGUCAUCCUUAACAAAACCUAAGUCAGAAAUGACACCAGAAGAAUUAGCAAAGAGGGAAGAAGAAGAAUUUAAUACCGGACCCCUUUCAGUACUAACUCAAUCGGUAAAGAAUAAUACGCAAGUAUUAAUAAAUUGUAGAAAUAAUAAAAAGUUACUCGGUAGAGUAAAGGCAUUUGACAGACAUUGUAAUAUGGUAUUAGAAAAUGUAAAAGAAAUGUGGACCGAAUUACCACGUACAGGCAAAGGAAAAAAGAAGGCAAAACCAGUUAACAAGGAUAGACUUAUCACAAAAAUGUUCCUCCGUGGAGACUCUGUCAUUUUGGUUCUUAGAAAUCCUUUGGCAACUGCCUCGGGCAAAUAAUUAUUUAAGCAUUACACAAAUAUAUUAGAUUUGGUAAAACAGAAAAAUAAAUGUUUUAAUAUAAAUCACUCGAAUAUUAUGUUUAUUAAGUUACUGAUAAACCUUAUGUAUCAUUUUUUGACAUACAUUUAUUCAGAAUUUUAUAAGUAUUGAAUAAAAUCAAUGAAGCCUU